UUUCGUUCCCUCCCCUGCGGCAGCCGUGUUUGUCUUACGCCUGCAGUGCGGAGGGCGGCGGCUGAGCUGAAGACUGAAGUGAAGGCCAUUUCUAGGCGGAAGGAACUCGAUUGGUGAGCUGGGUUGCGAUUGCGAGCGAACAAGGCCAAGGGAGGGAGGGAGAGAGAGAGAGAGAGAGAGAGAGAGAGAGAGAGGAUGAGUGGUCAGAAGCUUAAGGGGAUAAUGGCGGCGGCGGUGAGCAGGGGCGUCACGGAGGCGAGGGCGAGGAUAUUCGGGCAUAUGCUGAACCCGACAGGUCAGAGGUCUCCCCACAAGAUCCUCCGUAAGAAGCUCAUCGGAGAGAAAGUCGCUCAGUGGUACCCCUACGACAUCAACAAGGACGACCCCCUUGUCAUGGCCCGCCAAGAACAAGAGCGAUUGUCGAAACUUGAAAUGUUGAAGCGUCGUGGGAAGGGACCACCCAAGAAAGGCCAAGGAAAGCGUGCCACAAAACGUAGUAAAUAAACCAUUCUGGUUUUGACCUCAGCAAAACCUCUCCAGGGACAUGUCUACUCAUGUUUGAUCUGUUUUGCGCAUAUUAAUAUUUGUUAUUUUUCUAUCCAAGCUAGUCUAGCUUGUGCUCAUGGUUAAAAGGAUGCUUUGGGCAUUGAGUCUCAGAUUUCAACAGGGGCUGCGGGAUUUAUUUCCUUUUCCCUCUCAUUUUGUAUGAAGUAGCAGAAAAAACGAAGAGGCUAGACAGUAUAUUGUGCAUCUCCUUGACUUGAGCAAGGGGGGGACUGUUGAUCAGUUUCAGAAUUACUUGUAGAAACGAGGUUUGGGACCUUUUACCGAAAGACUCUUGUUGAAGAAGUUGCAGCUACGAUGAAAAGAACAGGUUUUGGGAUG